GGCGGUGGGCGGGGCAGUGCUCCAGGCCCCUCCUCCACGCUGUCCGCCAAGCUGAGGGCCGGGAGUUCGCUCUGAGGCGCGGGUGUCGGGAUGUUCCGGGGCCGCAGCGCCUGGUUCUCGCAGAGCGUCAGCCGGGAACUCCGCGAUUUGUGGGUGGCUGAAGGAGGCGUGAUUUCAACUCAUCAUGGUGCUGAUUACCUGUUCAGCAGUGAUGCUUCACACCCUGAUACACAGAGGUACACUUUAAUACACCAGAGCCUAGAUUAUAUAGAGGGUAAAGCUACAAUUUUUCAUUCUUGUUAUCUCUCUGCAAAUGCAAGUGCCAGCUCUGAAAUGAAACAGACAGUGGCUUUGGGUCACUUCAUCCUUCCCCCUGCCUGUGUACAAGAAGAAAUUAGAAGAAAACUUGGUAGUUUUAUAUGGGAGCAGAUGAAUGAUUCCCUGAUGGAACAGCUUGAUGAAUUAACACCAGUUGAAAUAAAGACUAGCAUAAAAGAGGAUGAGCAAAGAAUAAAGGGCAAAAAAGACCUGGAUGGAAGCAGUAAAGAAAAAAGAGUAUCAAAAACACCAGUGGGAGGGAAACUUGCAUACUGUCCACUUCAGGAUUAUCCAGUGAACAACAUGGUGACAGGUUAUGUCUCUUCUAGUGAGAUGAAGAAAUACCUUGGGGAACUACAUGACUUCAUUCCUGGCACUUCAGGUUACUCGGUAUAUUGGAUUAAAAAUGAAAUGGACAUUUUCUCUGAUGUGAAAAAUAAAUUGAAAAGAAAACUAUAAAUGACAUUUAAAUUGUUUGUAUCAAAACAUAACUUGGCUUUGCUAAAACAUUGCUAAAUAUACAUAUGUCCGUUUAAUAACAUCCCAUCUUUAGCAUUAUAUAUGUCCUUGUUUUCUCUCUUUGUGUUGGUUGAUGGUUACUUUAAAUAGCGCUGUCAUGGUACUUACAGGUUUUUUUUAGUUCAGUGACUGGAGGACUGAAUUCUGAGUUGAAUUUCUUUGUAUCAUUUUUGGCCCAGGCUAACUUAUUAUAUUGACUACAACUGGGUGUGCCUUAUAAUUUUUUGGUUACUCAUAUUUUAACAACUGGUUACAUUUGCUGUAAACAGCUUCAACUACUUAAAAUUUAUUUCAUAUUAAAAUUACAUAUAAGGUUUCAUCAAAUAAUUGCAAGAUGUUUGCAAUUUUUCGGGUAACAGACUUUGAUUUCAAUAUGACUUCUUGAGCAGAGAUUUUAUUCUCACAUGGCUACAUGCAAAAUACUCCCCAGGGUGAUUCUGACUGUUAGUAAAGCAGGUGUUAGUAAAAGUAAUGUAAAAGUAUAAUUAGGCAGUCCAAAGAAGAAUUUGAAGAGCAACUAGCAAAAGACUCAGAAACUAACAGCAAAUUUUUUUUUAAGUACAUCAGAAGCAGAAAGCCUGCCAAACAAUCAGUGGAGUCGCUGGAUGAUUGAGAUGCUAAAGGAGCACUCAAGGAAGACAAGGCCAUUGCAGAGAAGUUAAAUGAAUUUGUUGCGUUGGUCUAUAGAGGAUGAAGGAGAUUCCUACACCAGAGCCAUUCUUUUUAG